UUACGUUGUGACGUUUCUAUAAAAUGAUAUGUUCAACGCGCGAACUCAGUAACUCGGUCACCAAUGGGUCUAAAAGUUAUAGAGGUCUCCCGAGUCAGCCCUGCAUCGGACUCGGUCGACUCGCUCGAUAUCCCCCUCACUCUCUUCGAUUUAUUGUGGAUAAGGUUUCAUCCCGUCGAACGAGCCUUCUUCUACCAAUCCACCGAGUUAACUCGCGAGUUCUUCGACUCUAUCAUCCUCCCCAAGCUCAAGCACUCUCUCUCCGUCGUCCUCUGCCAUUACCUUCCCGUCGCCGGCCGCAUCACGUGGGACCCACAGAAGCCAAAGCCGAGUGUCGUCGUCACCGGGAACGACGCCGUUUUGCUGACGGUGGCAGAGACCGACGCGGAUUUCAACCCUCUCUCCGGCUACAACCAACGCCCGGCGACCGAGUUACGCCGCUUGGUGCCCGAGUUAUCAGCUUCAGAUGACUCAGCUUCCAUUGUCUCUCUGCAAAUCACUUUGUUCCCAAACCAAGGGUUUUGCAUCGGCGUCGUAGCACACCACGCCGUUCUUGACGGUAAAACUACAAGCAUGUUUAUCAAAGCUUGGGCUCACAUCUGCAACGAGGAACAUGAAUCUGAAGUCUUUGCUUCUCUACCUGAAGAUCUAACUCCGUGUUUUGAUCGUACGGUCAUCAAAUAUCCAGUCGAACUCGAUUCGAAGUUGGUGGAUCUGAUGUCGUAUUUCGGACAUGACAACGCCGAAGCAAGAAGCUUGAAACUGAUGCCGGCAAGGGAAACCGGCGAUAAUGUGACCCGAGUCACUCUCGAGUUGACUCGGGAGAACAUCCAGAAACUCCGGGACAGAGUCAAGAACGAGUCAUCAAAGCAUCAUCACUUGUCCACUUUCGUCGUCACGUACGCUUACGUGUGGACAUGCAUGGUGAAGGCGCGUGGAGGAGACGCGAAUAGACCCGUCGCUUUCGGAUUCGUCGCCGAUUACAGAGAUCGGCUAGACCCGCCGGCGCCGGCGACGUACUUCGGGAACUGCAUUGUUCCGGUGGGUUGCUUCGAAGCAAAAGCAGGGCCCUUUAUGGAAGAGAAGGGUUUUGCUCUGGCGGUCGAAAUGGUCAGCGACUUGGUAAAGGGCUUGAGCUCAAGAGGGAUAGAGGAAAUCUAUGAGGAGCUCGUGGAGGGAAUGAAGAAGGUGAAACCGGGUAUGCAAGUCGGGUCGGUAGCAGGGUCAACCCGGUUAGGGGUAUACCGGAUGGAUUUCGGGUGGGGAAAACCGGUUAAGGUGGAGGUUAUCUCCAUUGAUGAGAGCCGAGCAUUUUCUAUGGCGGAGACAAGAGAUGGGACCAAUGGUGUGGAGAUUGGGCUGUCUUUGGUCAAGCCUGAAGUGGAAACUUUUAUUUCUUUGUUUCAAAAUGGUUUGAAGUAAGAAAAAAACAAAAAAAAAAAGAGUGUGAGCUGUUUAUGUAACAAAAUAUUCCAGUUUGUUCUUUGCAUUUACAAUUUGGGACGAUAAAUUAAAAUUAAAUGUCGACCGUACCAA